GCGGCCGUCCAUUGAGAAAAAGAACACUCAGAUGCGCGACGCCAUUUCUGCAGAGAAAAGACUUGCCGUGACGAUGUACUGGCUGGCGUCGGGUGACCUGUUUCGGACUGUCGCCGAUCUUUUCGGCAUCAGUGAAGGGUCUGUUUGUGUAAUUAUUCAUGGCGUAUGCAAAGCUAUCGUAGAUGUUCUCCUGCCCCAGUACAUAAGAUGGCCGACAGGAGAAAGAUUACGCGCUAACAUACGGGGCUACGAAGAAGUAAGGAACUUCCCCCAGUGCGGAGGGGCCAUCGAUGGGACCCAUAUCCCUGUCAGAGCACCAGCAGGAGAAGGCCCAGACUUCCACAACAGGAAGGGAUGGUAUUCUAUGCUCCUCCAAGGCACCGUCGACUACCUCUACAGUCCUCACCCUUUUCGUACAAGGUUCACAGACAUCUCUAUCGGAUUCCCAGGCAGCGUACACGACGCCAGAGUUCUGCGAAAAUCCGACAUUUUCAAGCGUGGGGAUAGAGGGACCUUGUUUCCACAGGUAUUUUUUGUUCUUCUGUGUGUUUGGCAGGACUUGACGAAGGAGAUAGACGGGGUGCAGGUUCCAGUUAUGCUGCUGGGUGACCCGGCAUAUCCGCUUUUGCCGUGGCUUAUGAAGGGGUAUGCUGACAACGGUCGCCUUGAUCGUGCCAAGACGCAUUUUAACUUCAGGUUAAGCAGUGCACGCAUGACCGUCGAAUGCGCUUUUGGGCGCCUGAAAGGCCGAUGGCGAUGUCUUGCAAAACGCUUGGAUGUAGACGUUGGCAGAGUUCCCCAAAUUGUGGGUGUAUGUUGUACCCUGCAUAACAUCUGCGAAAUCCACGGUGAGGGGUUUGACAUGGAGUGGUUUUUCCAUGAUGUAGUUCGCCAACGGGCCCAAUUGCCGCAGGUUGAAGAGGCCGCGCCAAAUGACGCCAGGGAUGCCAUAUGCAGAAGGUUUGCCUUAGAGGAACAAGGAAGGUAAUUGCUCAGAAAUCUUCUCUGGAAGGAGGAAGCAGACGUUUUGCAGGACAACAUGCAAAAACAAUUUGGGGAACUGUCAGUGUCUACAUCUCUUGCCACAUGUCUCACACAAUGAUUGCUAUUCUCGUCCCCUUAUCGUUUCAUUCCGUGUACUCAUGUAUACCAAACAGACAAAUCUCCAUUGACAUAUGAGGCGCCUGAAAGUGCA